AUGUCUGCUGCCACUUCUGGGAGAAGUCCUGCAAUUGGUGUUGAUGUACUUUUUGAAAUUCCCAACCAACCAACACCAGCAAAGUAUGUCUACCAAGCUAUCGAUGUCCCCAUUGGUUUCACAGUUAAAAUGGGUGGACCAACGGUGCAUUGUGAUUGGUUAGGAACCUUAGCAACGUACCUGAAUCAAGGUUGGAAGCUAGUGGAAGUUUUUCUCGAUCAAUCCCAGCAACAAUCUGGUGCGUUUUCAACCUCUGCCAGUAUGAAUUCUGUAUGGUUUUUUGAAAAGGAAUUGCACAAACUUCAAGAUCCCACUCCAGUCUACCAGGGUGCAGUUCUCGAGUAUUUCCACAAGAUUUCUCAGAGUUUUGGGGGAGUAUCAGUGAAGACAGAUUGGACUCCAGUAAUUGUUGAGAUGGGAAAACGUGGGUGGGAACUGGCAUGCAUUCAAGAAACCCCUGAGAUGUAUCAAUGUGGUUUUGGGAAAGUGAAAAUAAAGUUGAUCAUGUUUUUUCAAAGAAGGAUCAUUACCGGAGGGACCAUGAUGAGCCCACCACCUUACCCUGGCCCCCCACCUUCCAUGAAUCCUCCAGAUCAAAGUUCAACAGCUCCUUAUUCUCCUGAGCAACCUGCUGAAAAGCAAGAUCCUCCAAAUUGA